UUAUUGGGAUCAAAAUGGAUAGCACAUUUCAAACCAAUGAAGCCUAUAUAAUAGAACAAGCCAAGAAGUUAAGAACCACUGAUCCCUGUUCUGCAAAAUCAUGGAUAAUUACCGCAAAAUCGCUGUUCCCAAAUAACUUUAAUGUUCAAUUUGAAGUAUACCGUUUAGAAAAAGAGGCAAAUAAUUUUGAAGAAGCAGCUAAAUGUUUCAGUUAUAUUAUCUUAACGCUUCAAAGCUCAAAGGUGGAGACUCAAUUAGAAGAUGAAAUUAAUGAACUUACGAAUGCUCUGAAAAAUGAAAAUGAAAUUACAUCUGAGCAGGAAUUUUAUGUUAAGAUGUUUCAACACGUAUCGUAUGAGGUCCAGCAUAAAAUUUUAAUGAUGACAGUAAAUCAAGCAGACAAUAGUCUGAACCAGUGCAAAUUGCUGUUAUUAGUUUUAAAACGAUUUCCCCAAGCUGCAGUUACGCACACGCCACGUCUGUUGGAAAUUAUUGCGGAUGGAAUGAAACAGAAUCCACAGAAGUACCAAGAAAUAUUAGUGGAGGAAGCGUUACCGUUAAUAUACCACAAAACUCCAGAUGUAUCCACACAAAUGGUUUGCAGGUUGUUCACAGUAUCAUUGGAGUACUAUAUUCGACAAAUUAUAGACGAAGUCAAAUGCGAUACCAACGAAAUCUGGAAAAAAAUUUUUCAGGUUUUAAUGUUAUGUGGAAAAGUACAGCGCUGGGAAACCUUUUUACCGUUCAACAAGAAUUGGGGACAAAAUGUGUAUUGGGACAAACUUAUCGAAAUAGUUUCAACAAGUUCUGCAGCAGGCAGCCAAGUACUAUUUUAUGCUACAACGCUUUUUAUCUACUCCUUACAUUGUUAUAUAAAAAACUGCAAUACUCGACCCGAAGAUAUUGAAAUAAAUCAUGUGUUGGUCGAGGGAUUCACAGAUUGGAAAUUAGAGCGGUCAGAAGCACAAAAUAUGGAACCUCCCCAAAUUUCAUUGACCACCUCAACAAGUAAAGACAUUUCUAAAGCGUUCGUUCAUGCUGCUCAGUGUUGGCAGCUGCUUAAUACAGAUCAAUUUCAAAGAGAUUUCAGCAAACUUCUUUUGACCUUGCCACUGUCGCCAUGGAUCUCGAGAUUCCUCUUCGAUUUGGCAAUAUAUUUUGGACAUCAGGAAGAGGCGAAAAAACUAAUGCAAGAAAUGACUGUAAAAAGUAAUUUAGUUCAUCAUAUAUUAAAACUAGGUCUUAAUUUACUACAGGGUAAAUUAACGUUUGAAGGAUUUGAAUGUAUAUUGAAAAUAAUGGCCGAGUUGCCCUCCAUUUCUGGAACAAGUUUGGAACAUUUAACACUGAACGUACCCCGUCAUAUGAUUUUCAUUCCAUUGACACAGAAAGCAUUAGUACAAUACUGUUGCAAGGCCAUAAUAAACAGUUUAUGUCGAAAAAUGUAUGAACCAAAUUGUUCAGAUGAAAUCUUGGGCGACCUGCUUAUUCUAUCGCAAUUAGAAUAUCCGAGAGAAAAGGAAAUAGCUGAACGCGUAUUUACGAUUAUACGAAAUAGGAGGAACUUUACCUUUCGCAACUUUUCCACAUUUAUUAUAACCAUUGAUUUCAUCGAGGAGUUCAUGUCGAUAUGGAAUACCAGCACCGAGGAAUUUAAUUUCGACUUUAGUACAUCCAGUGCCGUGCAUUCGGCAUCCCGUCGUACUCGAGGAUCUGAUAAAGGCGUGCGUGAUGAUUUUCGAUUAAUUUUAAAGCAGCAAAUAUCACGAUCUAAUGAAAAUUUGACUUCAUUAAUAGCCGGUUUCAUUAGCCAGGAACGUUUGCGGUUGAUGCAUUUUUUAUUUGACGUGGAAGUUAAGCAAUUUUAAUGUUUUGCAUAAAUAUACACACAACAUAUUUUACAUUUUA